ACAGAUAAACACAAUUCGCGUAAAAAGUAAAAUGAAAGUGAAAUCCUGGGAGCAGUGACCGCGUCAACAUGUUAAGCGAAAACAGAUGGAAAGUGAUUAUGCUAGCGGCCGCGUCUUUCGUAGUCGCCGAGCCGAGUCGGGCGCUAAGCAUAUACCAGAAACCAAUAACCAUCCCUAUGUUCAUACCCCGAAAUUACAGACGCAAAUUCAAAUCGAGAGUAAUGUUCUUAGACGACGACGAGAACGAACAACCAUUGGGACGAGGGGAGAUAGACUUGACAGAGAAGACGCGUUCGAAAAUCAAAUUUGACGAUACAUCAGAUUACGAGUUCACAUCCCCAGAAAAGACUGAGGAACCAUUCAAAGAGGAAUAUCCAUCUGGUAACGAGAGAUAUUACGAUUUGCCUCGUCUCCGGCCGUUCGCAUAUCCGAAAUAUUAUCAAGGUAGAUUCAGUAGACCAUACGCUCCCAGUUUCGGCUUCGAUCCUUACCAAAUUCCCUUCGCUCCUCCAAGGACCGGUUUCUAUGGACCCAACGUGCCGAACGUUCCCAACGUGGGCUGGAAGGCGCGAAGUCCUCGGGUAGUGUUCCCUUAUUCCCCAGACAGUGGUAGCGGUAAUUCGGUGCAAACAAAUUCCCACAGCGGCGGAUCGAAUUUCAACGACAAUGUUGUGUUUCGUGAUCAAAAUUUCGGCAAUGAAAUUGGUACUGAGGACCAGGGCUUGCAAGACAUAAGUAGUGGUACCGACGCUUUCUCGGAGAGAGAUGCCAACGACCCACAUCGAGCUCGAUACAACGAAAUAAAAAGAAUGGGAAAAUUAAAUAAUAAAAAACACGAACCGAAUUAUAUAAAACCUAUGUUCAUACAAACUGAUAUGAAAAUUAAAAGAAAUUUGUACGUGUAUCCGAACGCUUCAUACGAAUCAGUGCUGCCAGAAUUCAAACCGAUAUCUGACGCACAGAUGAAAAAAAUUAACGAAAUCAUAAAAGAAUUAAGAAGUACAAAUAAAGUACAAAUUCAUAGUACAAAUGAUAAGAGAAAAGGGAGAAUAUUAGACAAUGUGCCAGAAGCUUCUGAUCUUCUAACAGAGAAUGAAAAGAAAGAUGACGCACAGAUUGAAAAAAACUGUUCCCAAGGCGGGACAUGUGAGUUUUUCUUCUACUGCUGGAUGGUUGGUGGCCUUCUAGAUGGUUCUUGUGGGAGCUUGCUAAAGAGUUGUUGCCACAGAGUAGGAAGAGCCGGUUUACUAGGUGUUCAAGAUUCGAACAGUAUAGAGUAUUCAGCGAACGAAGGACACAGUUUUGGUCCAGUUAUAAAUGAUGAAAGUUGUGGGGUAGCUGUUGGUAAGCAAACAGCUCAAAGGAGAAUUGUCGGCGGUGAUGACGCAGGCUUCGGAACAUUCCCCUGGCAAGCCUACAUACGCAUUGGAUCGUCAAGAUGCGGUGGCUCCCUAAUAUCAAGGCGGCACGUGGUCACAGCGGGUCACUGCGUUGCGCGCGCGCAGCCACGUCACGUGCGCGUCACACUUGGCGACUAUGUAAUUAAUUCAGCCGCUGAACCUCUCCCAGCCUACACAUUCGGUGUGCGGUCUAUUAAGGUCCACCCGCUGUUUAAAUUUACGCCACAAGCAGAUAGGUUCGAUGUCGCCGUGCUCACUCUUGACAGAAACGUCCAUUAUAUGCCUCAUAUUGCUCCAAUUUGCCUCCCAGAGCGUGGGUCAGACUUCCUAGGACAGUAUGGCUGGGCGGCGGGGUGGGGAGCCCUCAGCCCCGGCUCGAGGCUGCGCCCCCGCACGUUACAGGCCGUGGACGUGCCUGUGUUAGACAAUAGAGUGUGUGAGAGGUGGCAUCGAGCUAAUGGUAUAAAUGUAGUUAUAUACCCGGAGAUGCUCUGCGCGGGGUACCGCGGCGGUGGAAAGGACAGCUGUCAAGGUGACAGCGGAGGCCCGCUCAUGCUGGAGCGCGCUGGCAGGUGGUACCUCAUUGGUGUUGUAUCGGCAGGUUACUCUUGUGCUAGUCGAGGCCAGCCCGGCAUCUACCACAGAGUAGCUCACACAGUCGACUGGAUAUCACACGCGACCACGCUCUCAUAACGAAAAAAAACUACCAAUUUAGUAGGAAUUUAUCGUUUCUACCACAGCAAGUGAUUUUAACAUCUAAUUGACUGUUGCAUUGGAAUUAUUUAUUGUGAAAUUGGCAAUUUUUAUAUUCCUUUUAUAAAGGUAUAUUGAAGUAAUGGUUGGAUUUUUUUAUAUGGUAACUUUACAAUAUGUCAAAUUUGUUAUCCAUGAAAUACUUUCGAAAUUUAAAAGUAAAAAAAAAAUUUGAAAAAAAAAUGU